AUGGCUCUGCUGUGCUACAACAAAGGCUGUGGGCAGAAGUUUGACCCCAACAAGAACAAGGAUGAUUCCUGCCUCUUCCACCCGGGAGUCCCUAUCUUCCACGAUGCACUGAAGGGCUGGUCCUGCUGUAGGAAAAGGACAACCGACUUCUCUGAGUUUCUCUCCAUCAAGGGCUGUACCCGCGGGCGCCACAGCAACGUGAAACCCCAGGAGCCUCUGAGGCCCGAGGUGUCGUCGGAUAAGGGCGAGAUUAAACACGCCGAAGGCCGAGAGAUAAUCUAUCAGGGCCCCAAAUCUGCAGAGAUGCUGCAGAAGGAGAGACCCAGUUCAGACGAGCCCAUGACCAAACUUCCCCAGAAGGUGUCGGCAUCGCUGGUUCAGGCGCUGGAGAAACUGGACAUCAGCAAGAGAGGAGAGAACGAGAAGAAAGAGAGUGAGGCUGUUAUUUGCGGGACCCGCUGCAAAAACGCAGGAUGCAAAACAGUCUACCAAGGACCACAGACUGACAUGGAGGUCUGCACCCACCAUCCUGGAGCUCCCGUCUUCCACGAGGGGUACAAGUACUGGAGUUGCUGCUGCAUCAAGACAACAGACUUCAACGCCUUCCUGGACCAGAAGGGCUGCACCAUGGGGAAACACCGCUGGGUCCCAAAGCAGGACAAGAAGAAGGUGGCGUGUCGCUAUGACUGGCAUCAGACUGGCAACAGCGUCGUCGUGACCAUUUACGCCAAGAACGCAAACCCAGAGUUUUCCAGCAUAGAGGCCAACCGGACGGUGCUCUCGUGUCAAAUCCAGUUUGAGAACAGUAAGAUUUUCAAGAAAGAGUUCCACCUCUGGGGGGUGAUCAACGUGAAGCACAGCUCGGUCAAUAUGGUCCCAUCUAAACUGGAGAUAAACCUCCGCAAGGCCGACCAAGUGGCUUGGGGCAAACUGGAGGACCCGAACUACAAACCUGAACCAGAGCCCGCAGAUGACCCGUUCAUCGAAUCCAACGAGUCGUACCAGCCAGACUGUGACAUCGAUGAUGACGACAUCAGCGACUCGGACGAGGAGUGGGGAUAUGACACGCCCAAGAAUAAAAAGGCCGAGAAGGACGAAAAUCAGAAGAAGAACGAGGAGGAGGAGAGGCAGAAGUUAAAGAGGAAGGAGGUGGAGGAGGAGAUGAAGAGGGCAUUGGAGGAGCGGAUGAAGGCAGAGGAGGAGAGGAAGAAGCUAGAAGAGCAGAGGAGGCAGGAGGAAGAGGAAGGAUAUGAAGACAUGCCAGAGCUAGAGUGA